AAACCGCGUUAUCUCUCAUCUUUGAUUCUUCCUUCUCCCAGGACCUAACCCACCUUCAAAUUGCCCUAAAACUCACCUUCUUCUUAAUCACAAACUCAUCUCACCUUUAUCAUCAUCUGCUUAUUCUUCUUCUUCUCUCUCUCUCUCUCUCUCUCACCAUGAACUUUUCUUUCUUCAAGCUCUUCCCAUGUCUCUUCUUCUCAGCCAAACCUUCUGUUUCCUUUCUCUAACUCUCUCCUUCCUUUCCCUUUUCCAGUCCGCCCAUUCUCUCUCCACUGUAGCAAUCUCUGAAACUGGCAGCCUAACACUGAUCUGCGCAUCAAUUCAUUCUUCAAACCGCCAGAAUUACCUCAACUGUACCAGUUUUCCUGACAGAACACAAGUUCCUAUCUCCUUCCUCAACACUUCAGUAUCAGGACUUGUGGCCGGAAAUGGCUUCCUUUGUGGCUUGAGCUCGCUGACCUCUCCUCGACCCACUUCAGUUCUGGUCUGUCGCAGAGCCUCCAACGCCAGCCAUGGCAAUAUAUCCUAUAAGAGGAUAUACAAAGGGCCGCUUCUCAAAGAUCUGGAUGCCGGAAACUCUCACAUUUGCGGCGUAGUGAACGAGACUAAUCGCCUGGAGUGCUGGCAAUGGCGAAGAUUCAAUUCCAGUGUGAGUAAACCUUGGAACUUCUCAUCCAUUGCCGUAGGAGAAAAUUUUGUUUGUGGGUUAUCCAAAUUGGGAAACAUCAAGUGCUUGACGGAGCAAAACAAUGAAGUCAAGAGCACCGUCGCCGGCCACGAGCCCGCCGGAAACUACAGUGUGAUUUCCGCCGGAUUCCACCAUGCUUGUGCCAUUUCUCUGAAUGGCAAUUUGGAUUGCUGGGGAGAUAUGGCGGCAGCAGAGAAGAGAAGGCCAGAUGGCUACUUCACUUCCUUGGCCUUGGGAGAUGGCCGGAGCUGCGCAAUGAGAGAUAAUGGAACAGUGGUUUGCUGGGGAGUAGGCGAUUUCAGUUUGCCGGAGAGUUUGCGAGCCACUGGCUUCAUUGCCAUCGAAGCCAAACGCAGGAUUUUCUGUGGAAUUGUUCUGUCGAACUAUUCAUUGUAUUGCUGGGGUAGUGAGACUCUGGAUUCAAAUCCAAUGGUGUUUGAGAAGGUGGUGCCGGGGCCUUGUACACCUUCAUGCCCUUGCAGCCGCCCUUUGCCUAAUUACGACGACUUUUGCAGCCAAGGCCUAAUGGUCUGUGAGCCUUGCGCCAGCCGGCCUCCCGGUGGAAGUCCGCCCCCUCAGGGAACCACCAGUGGCGGCGGCGGCGGCGGCGAUUGGACCAAGAAGAACGUUGCAUUCCUAGUGGUGGGCUGUCUCGGGUCGACCAUGUCAUUGCUGAUGAUCUGCGGCUACUUGUUUUGUAAGUACUGCAAAGUAAGGGGCUCCCGGGUUCACGACUCUGGCCCGCUGGACGAUCAAGAGGCCAACCCACCUCGGCAGGGCGGCCGAUCUUCCAAUUUUGAAGCUCCACCGCCGGCGGCAGCCACCGGCGGGCCUGUUCUAGACAAGCGGCUGAGCCAUUUGGCCAGUAUUGGAAGUGGGAGCCACUUGCAAGAAUUCUCCCUGGAGGUUCUCCAUCAAGCCACAAACACUUUCUCUGAUGAGUACAAGAUCGGCUCCGGCAGCUUUGGCUCAGUCUACCACGCCAUACUAGACGACGGCCUCGAAGUGGCCAUCAAAAGAGCCGAAGCAUCUACCACUCAAUUCCACUUAGCCAACACCAAACGCCAAGAAGAAGAUAAAGACGAUGCCUUCGUCAAUGAGCUUGAAGCCUUGUCCCGCCUCAACCACAAGAACCUGGUAAGGCUAUUUGGGUAUUGUGAAGACAAUAACGAGCGAAUAUUGGUCUAUGAGUACAUGAAAAACGGCACACUCCAUGACCACUUACACAAGCUCAAAAGCUCACCUUUAAUGUCAUGGCCUAAUCGGAUCAAGGCGGCGCUCGACGCGGCCCGCGGGAUCGAGUACCUCCACAUGUACGCCACCCCGCAAAUCAUCCACCGCGACAUCAAGUCAUCCAACAUAUUGCUGGAUGCCACGUGGACUGCCAAGGUGUCCGAUUUCGGGCUGUCCUUGAUGGGGCCAUCGGAUGAGGAGUCACACCUUUCGCUCAAGGCUGCCGGCACACUUGGAUACAUGGACCCAGAGUACUAUAGGCUGCAACAAUUAACAGCCAAGAGCGAUGUGUAUAGCUUUGGGGUGGUGCUGCUUGAGCUGCUAUCUGGGUACAAAGCCAUUCAUCAGAAUGAGAAUGGGGUGCCUAGAAAUGUGGUUGAUUUUGUGGUUCCAUACAUAGUUCAGGAUGAGAUACACAGGGUUUUGGACCGGAAUGUACCGCCGCCAACCCCGUUCGAGAUCGAGGGGGUGGCUUAUGUGGGCUAUCUGGCUGCAGACUGUGUAAUGCUUGGAGGGAGGGAUAGGCCAACCAUGACAGAGAUUGUAAAUAACUUAGACAGAGCUCUGGCUGCAUGCUUGGCAGCUCCAUGGCAGUCAUCUCCGUCCACAACUGGGUCGCCUGCAUAAAAUUUGCAGUAGAUAUUGUAUUGUUCGUGUAAUUUCAUCGUGGGUUCACAUUAGAUCCAUUGUGAAGUGAUUUAA